AGUCGCACCGGAGUCGCGCGGAGACACUUUUUUUUUUAAACAAGAAAUCCCCGCACAACAGCGUGGACAUGUUGACGAGCGGAUGUAAAGGCAGGCCCAGGGUUGUUUGACUGGACUGUUUUUUUCGCUGCACUUUUAUCUCACGCGCGUUAUCCGUGCUACAAAACACGGGGUAUUAACUCAGUGGCCACACACGGCUCAGCAUGCCCGAGUUGGACUAGGACAGGCUGCCCCGGAGGAGCGCAACACUGUGGCACGGCGAGCCGGCAGGAUAUUUACAACUGAAACUCCGGUCCUUUGAGCAGGAGGAGGUGGUGAGAGAUAUCACUGGAAUGAAAUGGACCUCGGGAUUCCCAGCGUUGCAGUGGAGUUGUGACUGAUGGAUGGUCAUCUGUAGGCUAUAUACAGCAGCGACAGGUACAGGCACCAUCAGGGGAUUUGACAAAGACAAAGCGUGCGCUCCAGCUCUGCCCGUAUCCACCGCGGAGUGAAAAAUCUCUCUCCACGCACUGGUCCGGGAGGUCGUUUUACCUCUGCCACAGGUCAACCAGGACACAGCUUCUUUCCCAGUUCAGCCAAGGACACUUGGUCUGGCGCACUCACCAAAGUAGUGCCACAAUAGGAUAUGUAUUUGAUGUCGAGCUCUCAUGCUCCCGACUGAUCGAAGCUCACCUUCCCACCGGGCGAACCUCAGAUAAAGGCUGCCACAAGGCGCACCGCUGCGUCCUGACGCUCGCUUCGAGUUUCCCUCGGCUCUACACCGUCUGCACACACACUCCAGAAUGGCGGGACACGGCUCUUGGAAGUAUUACCUUUGGAUCUUUAUUUUGCUGUGCAGGUCGGCGUUACCUUCAGCCAAAUCGUUGGAGACUAUCAUCUGGAGCUCGCAGAACCCAAAAUUUCUUGCCGGAAAGGGCUUGGUGAUCUACCCGGACAUUGGGGAUAAACUGGACAUCAUCUGCCCCAAGGCGGACGCGGGCAGGGACUAUGAAUACUACAAGCUGUAUUUGGUGAAGCAGGUGCAGGCGGAGAGCUGCAGUACAGUCCUGGACCCAAAUGUACUGGUCACCUGCAACAAGCCGGAGAAAGACAUCAAAUUCACCAUCAAGUUUCAAGAGUUCAGCCCCAACUACAUGGGCCUGGAGUUUAAGAGGAACGUCAACUAUUACAUCACCUCUACAUCCAACGGCACCGUGGAGGGACUGGAGAACCGCGAAGGGGGAGUUUGCAAGAGCAGAGCCAUGAAAGUCAUCAUGAAAGUUGGGCAAGUCCCCAAUGCAAAUCCCGCCGCGCCGGAGACCCCGAAAUCAGACGUGGAGGACAAUGCCAUCCCCGAAUCCAGUCCCAGCCCAUCUGACCCUAACCGGAUAGGCCCGGUGCUGCCAGGAAACCAUGACCACAUGAACCAAGACCAGUCCAACACUUCCUCCAACACGGACGGGAUCCUGGGCUCCAAAGUGGCCGUGUUCUCCGCCAUCGCCGCCGGCUGCAUCAUCUUCCUCGUGCUCAUUCUCCUCCUGAUCAUCCUCCUCAUCAAGAUGCGCAAACGUGCCCGGAAGAAUUCCCACUCGCAACCUCGCCCCUCCGCCCUCUCCCUCAGCACCCUGUCCAACCCCAAGCUCCCGGGGGGCACGGCCGGGACCGAGCCCAGUGACAUCAUCAUCCCCCUGCGGACAGAGAACAACUACUGCCCUCACUACGAGAAAGUGAGUGGCGAUUACGGGCACCCAGUCUAUAUUGUCCAGGAAAUGCCACCGCAAAGCCCCGCCAAUAUCUACUAUAAAGUCUGACACCCUUAUACUCUCUGCUUCAUUUCUUGUGUCCUCAAUACGAAUACAUAGAGGAGCGCUUGGUUUUUGGAUGUUCAAGAACACUUUUUUUGCAUUCAGGGGGGACGUUUGUUUUGUACCACCUGCUGCACAAAUCUGGAGAGACAAGCACUGGCCAGUCACCAGCGGGGGUCCGAAAUCUCUGUUUGUUUGGAUAUGUCUGAGAAUCCCAAGCCCCCCUCUCCUUUUCCCCUUUAUCCUGUCGUAAUCUUCUAUAGCCUUCCCCACACAGAGACACUGAUACCCCCCGAUGUGUCCCUGCUGGGCUACCAUACACAGGGGUUUGGAUGGAGCGGACCUACGCGUGCGGACACUUUUUGUGGUCAUCUCCUCUUUCCCUGUGGUGUGAAGUUGGAAAACAGGCCCAGACAAGCCCCUGAAUCUAGCAUCUAGGGGUUUAUAUACAGCAAGCUCAUAAUAGUGUGAGUGCUAGCGCGAAUGCUUGUGUUAUACCAGUCUCCAGAUAGCUCAGGUAUCAGACACAGUGCGUGAACAAAACAAAAAAAAAAUCCUAUCCUAUAUCCCUUCUCGCACCUCUAAUAUUUGCCUUACUAUUUUUGAUGGAGGAUUUCCCUGAUUCAGUUCACAAAGCAGUUGUAUUUUGUUAGACUUUUUCCUACAAGUGCACAAUGUAUAGAAAAUUUCAUUCAAAACAUGUAACACGCUCAUACAUUCAUUCACAUCAUUAUCGCUCAUUUAAUCCCAUUGCAAAGACUACCUAUACCUGGACUUUUAAUGUUAAGGUGUGUUCAAUCCUCAUCUCCGCCUAUUUUAGUCUGGUAUUUAUGACCUACUUAUUCGAAAGUGUCUCCCUUAUGUGAAUGACUGUGCGGAUGGGCAUGUCCAGGCCAAUUCAGGCUUCGUUACUGUAUCCAAAUCUGCAAAAACAAGAAAGACAGUCCAGCGUGCCAAGAGACGGGCCAGAUCUUUGCAGAAAUCCUCUCGUUGGCAGUUAUUAAAAGUUUAUCAGAUAGCUAGACGGCGGGUUACGUUGCUGAGACCAUUCAACUUGUGUUAAUUUGUUUGUUUUAGCUUCUAGCACUACAGUGUAAACAUGCAACACUUGGUUUAUUGCUCGCUGCGUGGACUCAGUGGGCGUAGGUUGAAUUCCCGCAGACUAUUGGCUUUAGGUUGGCUGUCCCUGCAAAUACAAAGUUGGACAGGACAAGGAUACUGUAUUGUCUACUGCCAAUCGCCAUCUGUAGCUGUCUAAUGACUAAUCCAUGUGCUAGCGAGUUGCCCACUCUUAGCAGCAGGCAGCAGAGUCUAGCAAAACGGGACAGAAUCUAUUCCUACGACUUAACCUUAGCAGGAGGUGGCAGUCGCGAUGGGGAUAGAAGGUUCGGGAGAGGGCUAAAGUUGGAGGUGAGGUUGGUUGCAGGUAUUUUAGCAUUCAUUUUCCCCGGCCUCCUGUGCGCUGAAUAAAAAAUGCGGUGCAAAAUAUUCUCGAGCGGAGGCUGAGGGGAGGACAGUGGAGUUGGCUUUCACUCAGCCCUUGGGCAUACACAGAAUCUGGGGGUGCACCACAACUAGUCUUGCAGGAAGGUUUACCACUAUUUUUUUGCUUAAAAUGGUAGGUUCUUUUUUUUUUUUUUUUUUCUCGUAGCACACUUGAUUUUUGACUAAGUUACUACAUGCAAUGUGGCUAAAAUAUGAAUCUAAUAAGCUAGUUAUAGUUAGUGGCGCUAUUUCAAUUUACAUUUCUGCAUUUUAAUAUAUUUUAAUAUUUUGAUUUGCUGAUAACUGGAAUUUAUAGCGUUUUCUGAUGCAACCCAUUCAAAUUAAUUCAGGCUUUAGACUAGCACGAGAAACAUAGUUAUCUUCUUGUAAUAAUACUGAUUUGUAGCAAAAUAUUCAGAGUUAUCCCAAAUUGCAUCUAAUUUAAAGAAACCCAAAUCAACCAAUCUUCACUUGCAAAACCGUUUUACCUUCUGUAUGUCUGUGUGAGCGCUUGUUGUUGUCUUUUCCAUUGAAUCCCACAUCGCAAAUUGGACCCAAUCCAAGACGACUAUGUUUGUUGAAAGUUUUCCCCAUAUUUCUCGCUCAAAUUUGCCAUUUUCACCUUCUGCAUUAAUAUGUAUGUGUGAAUGUGCGUUGUAGCCUUUUUGCAACGGAGCACAAGUCUUGUUUUCCCUGGACUAAAGAGGAACUUACUUUUGCGAGGUGCUCCGAAAUAGUGCGGCUGCCAAAGCGUAGCGCGCCACAGUCUCAGUUAAUGAUGUGUGAGAAGAGGAGAGGGAAGCAGAUAAGGACAGCUAUUCCUCAAAUGCUACUAUAGCCUGACGUUUUUGCAUAUCCACGAAACGCACCGAGACUGACAAGCCCAGGUCCAUCCUCUGUCAUGUUUAGUCACCCCCAGAGACACCCCAUCACAUGCUAUGCCACUCUCAAUCCACGGAUGUGUAAAAGGUGGCCCCUGCCUCGCUUGCUUGAAGAUUUGGAGUUUUUUUUAGGGGGAAGACUUAAGACUUUUGCGUGUCGUUAACCUCGGAGUUAACAACUUUCGCAGCUGUUUGUGCGCUUUUUCUAAGACCUGCGUUUCGACUCAGCGCGGAGCCCCUCUGCGAAAGACAUCUAGAUCAAAUGUUUUCGUUUCGGAUCAUCGCGCGAUCACUCACCAACACCAGCCAAGGGACUCAUUACCAGAUCACCACCACUCCCGCCAUGCUCCUCCCAUUUUCCAUUCAUUCUAGUGACCACUUAUUAAUGUUAUUCGAAUUUGAUUAUUGAGUUAAAAAAUAAUGUAAAUAUAUGGAUAGAGCCCGAUUUUAAAGAUGUAAUUUCACCUGAACACUGCUCAUAAGAAAAUUUAAAAGAUUAGAUUUUUGUAAUGGAGGAUGUUUGUAAAUAGCUGUCUUUUUAAAAAGUGUGUUUUGUAUGAAUCCUUGCAUUUUGUCUCUGUUUGCAAUAUGUUUUCUUUAUUUUUCUUUUAGAGUUAAAUUGUAUAUUGCAAUCGACACAUAAGCUGUCAUUUUGCAGCGUCCAGUAUUGUCAGAAGUCUUUGUUACCACAUGUGUUAAAGAAACUGGGGUUCAUAUUUUAUUUUGUUUCACUAUUCAGCAGGAAAUGAAAAGAAAAAUGUCCAGGACUAAAGCUUUGAAACCAUCCUUUGAAAAUGAAUGGGUUGUUUAAACUAUGAAAGAUACAGAGACAGCACUUAGCUCUGCAUAUGAAGACUGUGUAAUCCACUGCCUUUACGUUACCUACACCACUCCUUUAUAAGCAAACAUUUGGGUGAAAAAGGAUGAUUUUAAUAGGUCUAUUGGGCCAGACAGAGGAGGAGUGGAGAGGGAAGGAGAGAGAGAGAGGGAAGAGGCGGCCAUGUUUGAUAGCGACCUAACAAAGCCGUACAAUAAAUCAUGCUUUUCUUUGGGUAUUAUCUGCUGGCGGUCCUUUGUCUAAACUCUUCUUCUUCCUGCUCCAUUGUCGUUUCUCUGUUUCCAGAUUUAGCGCGAGGAGGUCCACUGCGCCCCUCACUGUAAUGCUCAAAGCCACAGUAUUAUUUUCAAUGUGCAUGUGUAAGCAAAACCUGUUGAAUUCGUUCCCUUUGUUUUUGAAUCAUAACUGUCAGUUUUGUUAUUUUAUUUUCUUGCCAUUCACAUUUUCGCAGCUUCCCAGCGUAACCUAUUGGCACCAGCUACAAUGGAAAUAAUGUUCCACCAGUUUGGAAACUACCGCAUAUUGAUAAAUAAAAUUUUUCCCAUGGAAGUUG